AUGGAAAGAAAAAAUUAUAAGGAUACUGGCGGGGUUGACACAUCUUGCUCACCAAAGAUACAACCAAAGAAAAACAAGCAACUAAAUUCACAAGAAAAGCGUAGCACCAUUAUUGGCUCAGAAUGCCGUUGUCUGGAUGAAGGUGAGAUUUUUACAAAGUUUUCAUCCAUUCAUUAUUUAUACAGCCUAUCAACAUUCAGUCGCUGA